CCCUCUGAACGUCUCCUUUCCAAAGAAACAUUUUGCCACUUUUUUUUUUCUUUUUUCUGAGAUUAAAAUUUCCUAAUUGUGUGGAUAGAUUUUUUUUUUUUUUUUUUUAACGUAGAUUACAUGGCAAUAUGCGGACGAACCUGAUUACAGUGCAACACUAACAACAGAAGAAACCCAGUUUCUUUGCAAAUAUCGUCAGGCUACUCGAAGACCAGCAUUGUGUAAAUGCUCGGCGUUCCGAUUUGCCCAGUAUUUAUAACUUAGGUGGGGUAAAAUCAGUGGUUUUUUUUUCCUUAAAAGGGACGUUUUCAAACCAGCAGAAGCUUAUUCAUUUUGAUAAAACAAUUAGUGUGCGGGGUGCGGUGUGGGGGGGGGGGGCAAGUUAACCGUCUUUAGGUCUCCCCCACUCCUUAAAGAAAGCUACUCAUAUGUUAUGUCCCAUUGAGGAUCAGACAAGGGGGGAGUGAGAGAAGUGAGGGACUGGGAGUGUUGUGUGAAAAGAGUGCAGGCCAACGAGCGAGACAAAAGAGGCUGCGGCUGCAUUGAAUGUGCUGGUGGUGUGUCCGUCUCCGAAGCCACAAGCAAACCACAUUUUCCCCCCCUCUGGCCUUUACGCUACAGACGGCGAAAUCACGUCGGAGAGGGAAAACCUUUUCGAUAUUGCAUUCGCUGGGAGCGCGAAGUUGAGGACUUAGAAGGAAAGCUGCCCUGGACCGGGUGUUUCUCCUCUCCCCUCCCGUCCUUACUACACGUCGAGUGCGGUGCGGUGUGGGGUUGGAGAUAUAACCCAGAACAAAGGAGUCUUGGAGCAAGGAAUGAGCAAGCCGAGACUAGCUUUGCCAUUGCCUCUGAAACCGGGCCAAAUGCCUCUCUGAGACCAACAAUUGUACAUUGGCUGCUCGUAUUUCUCGACGAAGCUUUCCGCCCCGAAAGGGAGAAAGAAGAAGGACAAAAAAACGCACACGGAGACGCGCAAGUCGGCGGCUACAAUGUUUCCUCAAAACCGACCACCGGCACCUCUGCAGCCACCCCCUGGGUCCUCAGCUUCAGUGGUGGCAGCCGCCGCCGCAGCGGCGGCAGCGGCAUCAGGGGCGCCCCAGUCACUGAAACUAACAUACCCAGAAACGUUGGACCGCAUUAAGGAGGAGUUUCAAUUUCUCCAGACCCAGUACCACAGUUUGAAACUGGAGUGUGAGAAACUGGCCACAGAGAAGACUGAGAUCCAGAGACAUUACGUUAUGUAUUAUGAGAUGUCCUACGGCCUUAACAUUGAAAUGCACAAACAGACGGAGAUUGCCAAGCGGUUGAAUGUGAUCUGUGCUCAGCUCAUCCCCUUCCUGUCACAGGAGCACCAACAACAGGUGGUCCAGGCCAUGGAGCGCGCCAAACAGGUGACCAUGGGGGAGCUAAAUGCUUCGAUAGGGGUACGUGGGCUCCCCCCUCUGCCUCAUAGCCAGCAGCUUCAGGCACAGCACCUCUCCCAGCAUGCCCAGGGUUUGCCAGUGGGCCCGCACCCAUCAGGACUGCCCCACCCUGGCCUGGCACUUGGUGGAGGAUCCAGCCUUCUGGCCCUGUCUGGGGCUCUGGGAGCUCAGCUGGCUGCCAAGGAUGAGAGAGCCCACCUAGAGGCAGCAGCGGCCGCUGCUGCAGCAGAGCACCACAGAGACCGUGAAGCAGGACCAAGCUCUCUGUCCAAUGGGGAUAAGGGUCGCCCAGCAGACUACCUCAGCAACGGCAAGAAGAGGAAAGCUGAUGAGAAGGAGUUCAUGACAGACUAUGGCAGCGACGCGGAUAAGAGUGAUGAUAAUUUGGUGGUGGAUGAGGACCCGUCGUCCCCCCGCAGCGUGCAGUCCUACUCGUCCAGGGAGAACGGUUUAGACAAGAUGCCUCCAUCUCGUAAGGAGGGUCCACCACAGGCCAGCCCCACCUCCCUGGCCUCCUCCAGCAGUGCCGCCUCCCCCUCCCGUGGCAAAGAGCCUCCACAGAGGGAGAAGUCCAGUACACCAGGUAUGAAACCAGGGACCCCCAUGUCUCAGGAGUCUAACACCCCGGGACCCAGCGGGCCCCCGCAGUUCAGACCUGUCCCGGGAAAGCCUGGUGUCGACCCCCUUGCUCUGGGUCUCAGAAACCCUCUGGCAGUGCAGGGGGCAUACCCUCCUGGGGCUUUUGGCCUGCCUCCUCCAGGGGUGAACGGGGACCUGCCCGGGGCAGCGGGCUAUGGCGCAGGCCUCCACUUGGUCUCCCCCCAGAUGAACGGAGCCGCAGCAGCGGCGGCGGCGGCAGCUGCUGCAGGCUACGGACGGUCCCCUGUGGUGGGCUAUGAGUCUCCACACCCACAUAUGAGGGUCCCUGGGCUGCCUGCCAGCUUGCAGUCAGCCGCCUCCGGAAAACCCGCCUACUCGUUCCACGUGAGCGCAGACGGCCAGAUGCAGCCGGUGCCCUUUCCCCCGGACGCCCUGCUGGGCCCGGGGAUUCCUCGCCACGCCCGUCAGAUCCACACCCUAAACCACGGAGAGGUGGUGUGCGCCGUCACCAUCAGCACCUCGACGCGCCACGUCUACACCGGAGGAAAGGGCUGCGUCAAGGUGUGGGACAUCAGCCAGCCAGGCAGCAAGAGCCCCAUGGCCCAGCUGGACUGUCUGAACAGGGACAACUACAUCCGCUCCUGCAAGCUGCUCUCCGACGGGCGAACCUUGAUUGUCGGCGGGGAGGCCAGCACACUGUCAAUCUGGGAUUUGGCCACACCCACUCCCCGCAUCAAGGCAGAGCUGACAUCGUCUGCUCCCGCCUGCUACGCUCUGGCCAUCUCCCCUGACAACAAGGUCUGCUUCUCCUGCUGCAGCGAUGGCAACAUCGUCGUCUGGGACCUUCACAACCAGACGCUGGUCAGGCAGUUUCAGGGCCACACAGACGGAGCGAGCUGCAUUGACAUCUCCAACGACGGCACCAAGCUGUGGACGGGAGGACUGGACAACACAGUCCGCUGCUGGGACCUCCGAGAGGGACGCCAGCUCCAGCAACAUGACUUCACCUCGCAGAUCUUCUCUCUGGGCUACUGUCCGACAGGCGAGUGGCUGGCUGUGGGAAUGGAGAGCAGUAACGUGGAAGUCCUGCAUGUCUCCAAACCUGACAAGUACCAGCUGCACCUCCAUGAGAGCUGCGUUCUCUCCCUCAAGUUUGCCUACUGCGGCAAAUGGUUCGUGAGCACAGGCAAAGAUAACCUCCUGAAUGCAUGGCGGACACCUUAUGGAUCCAGCAUAUUCCAGUCUAAGGAGUCUUCGUCAGUUCUCAGUUGUGAUAUCUCCCCUGACGACCAAUUUAUUGUCACCGGCUCUGGGGACAAGAAGGCCACAGUUUACGAAGUCAUCUACUGAACUCUGAUUGGCUGAAAAAGUAAAACUAAUAAUCAGGGGGCGGAGCCAAGGCUCCCUCCUGCACCAAUGACUGUACAGAGCGUCGGUGGCAUGGAAAACAAGAGACACUCAACUUGUACUUUGUUGUUUUGUUUACGUUUGUGAAAGAAAUGAGAAAGAGAAGCAAGGGGGCACAAAGUCACAUCUCUGGAAAAAAACAAACAAACUUUGAACUUUGUUUUUAAUGCUCUGAGAACGCUGGUUAGUCUAUAGCUGCGCAAAUAUGGGAUUCCUCCAAAGAACUUUUUGUUUUGUUCCUUUUUUUUCCCUUUUUUUUAAACGAAAUAAAACCUCUGUAGUGAACAAGAAAUUAGCAAAAAAAACUUAUUUUUUUAGCCUUUGAAUUUUUCGCAAACAGUUGGACGGCAUCGAGAGGAAAAAGACACAUGGGACUGAAGAAUUGUGGGGAGGGUUCAAGGAGGGCUCGAAAACUCUUAAUGGAAAAAUACGGUCCAUAUUCUGUGCUCUGUAAAAAGUCCCAACCAGGGUCGACUUGGCCCGGUAUGGCCUAGUCCUCAGCACGUGGCUUUUCUUCGGGGCAGCAGAUGUGUGGCAGAUGGCAGGAUGAUGUGCUGUGAGGUUCCAGCUAUUUUUUUUAUUUUUUAUUUUUCCCUUCUCCUGGUUAAGUUUCAGCAGCAACAUGAUUGUAUCAUCUCCACAUACAUACGUGACAGAACAGGGCUCGGUUUACUCUAAAGUGUCCUGAGACUCAGUUUGUCUUUGUUCCUUUUGGUUUUUGUUUUGUUUUGGGUUUUUUUUUUCUUUUGCAAAAGAACAAAGAUGAACUUAUUCUGGAGAUGAUUUUAAGGAAACCAGUGUGAAACUGAAAACCACGACACACAGGACAGAAAGCUGAAAUCAGUUCAAGCUCCUCACAACAGGUACUCUCCAGUUUCCGGGACGUGGCCUCUGCUGAAUCGUCUUCAUCAUUAACACUCAACAUGAAAUGUGAUUUUCUAUUGUAUUUGUUAGGGCACAUAUAGGGAGACAGGUAUUUUCACAACUGCAUCAUGAACCUUGAACCUUGCUAUAUAUGGACAUGUAAAUAAAGUUCUCUAAAGGCAAACAAGGAUCUGUGACUUGAAUUUGCUUUGAGACAACAGGCUGUAGUGUGGAUCAUCUCUCAGAAACAUCAGUACAGUUUUUGUAUGUGAUCUGCAGUAUAUCAUUUGUGGGGUUUUUUUUGUCUUUCGUUUGCAUCUUCUUUCACAGAAAACCAGAUUGACACUGCUCAAUGAAAACCAAUCCAGUUGUAAUGGUGUGAAGGUAAGAAAUAAGGUAGAUCCGGUGUUACGUGUGCAUGCUGGCUGUCAAAAGGUGUUUUUCAACCACAGAACCAUUUCAGGCUCUAGCCAGGUUUAUCUUGGAUGUUAAAGACUGAAGGGAAAAAAAAAAUCAAAAGAAGCGUUUGGUGAAUAUUUGUUUAAACCAUAAUAGCCAGAAAAGCGUGUGCUCACAGCAAGGUGCCAAAAAGCAUCUUAGAAAUAUUUAGAUGAAAAAUAAAGGAUGUGAAUGGUGACGCUCUCUUGUGAUGGAAACAUUUCUCUCUCCAAAUGAGGGAACACAACAGCACAACACUUCUGCAUCUUCAGAAAUGUGAGAAAGUGUCAUGGGAUUCAAACCCACAGAAUGAGCAAGUUAGGAUUCACAGCUCCUCUGUGACUUCAGCUCUUGGUAAAUAAUGCAGCUGUACAGUUGUUUUUUGUGCUGAGCUAGCUCAUAGUGUGGCAAGACAAAGGUGAUCUGCAGCAAAAUAGGCCGCGGAAUGGAUUAUUAUAGCAAUAAUACCCAAGAGGGACUUAUGGAUGUAGCGGUGACUGUCCUGCUGUGACAAAGCUUUAACUUUGGGAGAAGAGAACCUUAGAAAAAACAAGUAAAGCAUUGAUCUCCUUUCUGAAGCAAAGAAUUGUUUGCAAAAGAUGUGGAUAAUAAAUCAUUUAGUCUCUUUUAGUGUCUUUUGAAACAGCUGUUAAUGCCCAGAAUUACAGCACAGUAUAGAUUCCAAUCAGUAUGAACAGUUGACUUGAGAAUAAGUUAAAAA